GGAGGGUGAGUAGCAGACCUUGGAAGAAAAUCAUCAGAAAAGACGUGUCCCCAAGAAUUCACAUGGAUUUGCUCUCUCCCCCCCACCCAAGCCAGCUUGGUUGUGGCAGGCAAAAAGCAAGCCAGCCACCAACCCCACCCCACCUUUGUGUAGUCCCAAAAAGGGGAACAGUGUGGCCACCAGGUGUGUGCAGGUAUCCCCCACCCCCUGCGCACAGCCUGGCUUCUUCCCUGGGGGGGGAGGUCAGCCACAGGCGCUCCCCAUUGGUCAGGACACAUUCCAGAGCAUUGUGACAUCACAGUCUCUCUCCUGGCUUCCCUGCCUCCCCGGCAAGAGGCCUAGCCUGCCUCCUUUUGCCAGAGCACCUGGGAAGGUGCGAGGGAUUGGGAGCAGGACCCCAUGAUGCUCUUGGCGUGCCUCUGGUCCAUGAGCAUCAUCGCCGCCUGUUCGGGUGCUGCUUCUCCGUUCUGGCUUCCAGUGAACACAGACAAGGCCGAGAGAUCGAGAGCUCAGCCUCCUGAUUCCAAUCGCCACUCGUCCUUGGAGGCAGGAAAUGAAGUAGGCGCUUCUCCCAAAGACCAUCUGAACCGGGGAGAGGCAGAAGAGAACGCUAACAGUGUCCGUCAAGCGCUCAAGCGGCAGCAGUAUCCGGAGGAAGCCGAGGACGAGGUGCACUACGGGCACCACCACGUGGAGGUCAUCCCCGAACACCGGCAAGCUUCCCUGCGGACAUCCCCGCAAGCCUGCGACUGCCCGGAUGCGCUGGACAAAGGGACUCUGAUCGCCAUUGUGGCUGCCUUGGCCUUCCUGGGCUUCUUCUCCAGCUCCAUCCUGCUGGUGGUGGCCAUCUGCAUCUUGCGCCGGGCGAAGAAGCAGAGGAAAAAGGAGAAGGAAGAGAAGCUCCACUCGCCUCACCGGAGGCGUCACCCUCCCGUCCCCCCCCCUCGCCCAGAGCACACUGUGAAGGGUCAGGGCUAUGAGCAGCUCCAUCCGGCCUCCCGGCAUGCCCCACAGGGUGUGUAUCUGCACGCCAGUGACCUGCACCCUGGGCCGAGGAUCCAUCAUGAGAAGCGUUACCAGAAUGUGAGUGGAUCGUUUCAUGGAUCCAAGUCCACCCCAGAGAAUGAGUACAUUGCUCCUUGCUGGGAGUCAACUUUUUCCACGCCUCCAUUGGAGAGCAAGUACGCCAACGUGGAAGAAUUGGAUCAUAAAUCUCCAGAUGAAGGCUCACCAGGAGCUGUGGAGUCGCCAAAGAGACGUGAGGCCCAUCUUUAUGAAGAAGUAGAGUGAGAGGAUGGAGUGCUGGACAAACAGUUUUGCUGUGAUCCUUUUGCCACAGAGCCCUCUGACAAAGUGGAGUAUCGCCCAGGAAGCUGCUUGGCCUUCAUAUUAAAGCACUGCUUAUUUUUCCCUCUUGGUCCUGUGGUUUUGCAAACUUCCUGCCUUCGAGCAACCACCCUCUACAUCUUUCAAACACCACUCCCCCCUGCCUCCAUUUGCCACAGAACGCCUUCUGCACUGCAGAAAUUUCUGGGGAAAGAUCCAGGAGGUAUCUUGGACCAACUUUUACAACUCUUUUUCUGUGGGGGAUAAUAACAAGGAUAUGAAUUUCUCAGCCCCCUGCCCUGCAUUGUCCUUGGGUUGUAAGCAGAAUCUGGACUAUUGACAGUGAAUCCUGGGGGCAAAUUGCAACCAUGUUGGGCAGGCUUGGGACGCUGGUGCAAGCAUACCUACCAAACUUUCUUCCUUGUGCAUAUUUUCACUUGCUCCCCUACUGUCCUUUUAUAUGCCAGGGGUGCGUUGUACCAAUUCUGAAAGAUGGAGGGGGGUGAGGGUGGGGGAAUGUCCACCUUUCCUUUCAGGUUGAGGAUGGUGGCAGUUCACAAGCAUGGGGGGGAAGGAUUGUGACCGAGAGGACAGGAGUUCUGUGAAAACCCACUUUUUUUCUAUCAAGGCAGGGUUGUCAACUUUAAAAAAAUAACUGGGUUUCUAUGCUAAUUAGGUGUAGGAUGAUUGUAAUGUGCUUUUGAAAUAUUUUCGUA